CUUCUAAAGUUCUAUCUCUUGAAUCUCCUGAAACGUUCUCAGCCGCUUCCUUAGUAGCAAACUCCAAGCUCCUGCUCUCAAAAUUUCCUGCUUUCCUCUCGCUUGUUUCCGUUCCUCUUUGCGGUCGGCCAUGGCCCUCACGUCCAACCUCAACUCUCGGCUACACCUCUCAUUCUUCCUCCUAGCCGCUGUCCUCACCGUGACUCCCGGCGCCAGCGCCACCUACACCGCCACCUACAGCGAGGGAAUCAACUACGGAGGCGGAGCAUGCAACUACGAGGGCGACUUCAGCAACAGCCCCUUUUUCGACGACGGAAUGACUGCGUACGUGCCUCAGGCGAAGUACAGAGGCGGAAAAGCGUGCGGCACGUGCUACGAGAUCGCAUGCAAAAACAGCCCCAGCUGCAGGCGCAGCAGCGUGGCUGUCCGAGCGGUCGGGCAGCAGGGCGGCGAUAAUUUUCUCCUAUCUGACGACGCAUGGGACGAGAUAGUCCGCGACCGGUCCGCGGGCCGUGUGGAGAUUAAGUACCGCAGCGUGGCGUGCCCUAGGAAUGGGGGAAUCGCGGUUAAGAUCAUGCCGGGGAGCAACGCGUAUUGGUUCGCAGUUCAGGUGCUGGGAGCCGCAAAGGCCGGGGCAGUGGAGGCGGUGGAAUUGUCGAAGGACGGUGGGAGGAGGUGGGCGAGCAUGAGCGUGCUGGGAGAGAGUGCCACGUGGGUCAUGAAUCCUGCCAAGGAGAUUGUGGACGCGGGGAGGAAGGUGAGCGUGCGUGUGACGGCGGUGGGGAACGGCAAGCAGGUGGUGCUGCGGAAUGUCAUACCUGUCGGGUGGAGUGCCGCACAGACCUACGAGAGCAGUGCCAACUUUUAACCGGGUACCUUCCAAGACUAUGGUCCAGAAUCUGGUUUUGGCCUGAGGAUUGAGUGGUUACGGAAGCGAUACGCUAUUAAUUGCUUCUCCUAUCGUUUGCGCUUUGUCUCA